AUGGUUAUGAAUAAUAUUCUUCAGUUUAGUGAAAGAAAUUUAGGACUUGGACGUGUGGCUUUAGCUAUCAUGUACACCUCAAUAGAUGAUUUAUCAGAUCAUCUAUCAGCAUUAGAAAUUCUUUUGUUCUUUGUAAAACGUAAUCCUGGUGGUAAUGUUUAA